AUGUGGCAAGAAGUUUGGGGCUGAAGGGCACAGGGAGACUAGAGAGCGUGCUGCCAUGUGGAGCGAAGGGGAUUUCAGAAAGAAAAUGUCUGCCAAAGAGGACCCUACAGUGGAGACAAGUGACAACAAAAUACAUGAGCUGAAUCCUUCUGUAUUGCAAGCUCAUUUCCUGCAUGCAGCCUUUGAUUUUCAAAAGUUUACCAAAGACAUGGAGGCAGAAUUCCAAGAAGUCCGUGAACAGCUGCAGAACAGUUACAACCCUACUGUGAGGCAUGAACACAACCGAUUAAAGUUCUUCUUGCCCUAUACAUCUUAUUCAUCACGGUCUUUAACAGAAAUGGCAGCUGCUGGGUUUUAUGACAUGCUUGUUAAAUCCAGUGUGCAGUGGUUUUGCUGAGGGUUUGGUUUUUUUACCAUGAAAGUUAGAUGUACCCCAUACGAACAGCACAAGAAAUUUUGUCCCACUUGUGAAUUUGUCCUGGGCAAAGAGGUAGGUAAUAUUUCAAAGUAUGACAUAUGUGUUCAGAAGUUGGAGAAGAAUCCAGCAGAGCAUGCCUACAGAUACAGCAUGGAGGACGUGAGGCUGCAGUCCUUUGACGGGUGGCCGUUCUAUGCCAGAGGAACAAAGCCCAGUUUGCUUGCCAGAGCUGGGUUUUUCUUUACAGGCAAGAAAGAUACAGUGCGGUGUUUUGUGUGUGGUGGGUGUCUGGGAAAUUGGGAAGAUGGUGAUGAUCUUUGGAGAGAACACACUAAAUGGUUUCCUGAAUGUGAAUUCCUUCAAAGUAAGAAAUCAAGUGAGGAAAUUGAAACGUACAUUGAAACUUUCAGUGCCUUUGUUGGAGUGGUGGGGAGGUAUGCCACAGCUUCCUUUAUCAAGAAUUUACCUACCGCAACAGGCAAUCUCGUCUUGAACGUCUUUGAGGAUGAAGGAGUUCUGCUGCCAAGUUUUAAGAGUGCAGUCAAAGCCCAUGUGGAAGCCACUGCUCUUGAAGAAGCUGGGUUUUUCUAUGCAGGCGAAGGCAAUAGGGUACAGUGCUUCAGCUGUGUUCGUUGCUUACAGGAAUGGGAAGAAGGUGAAGAUCCUAUGGAAGAACAUGCAAAAUGGUUCCCUGAUUCCAACUGCUCAGAAAUACUUGGAAAGCCACUGGAAAAGCAACCAGAGAGCCUCUGGACAUUACAGUCUGCACAGCAAACUCCCUGUAAAGCAAAUCUUGAAGAGAAAACAACCCUACAUUCUGUAUGAGCUAACAUGACACUUGUUGAAAUUCAAUGUCUUUGAGAAGCAAAGAACUUCUCCAAACAACUUACAGAGGCUUACAAUGAUAACAGCUUCAGCAAAUUGUUUUCCUUUGGGAACUCAAACCAUUUGGCUAUUGACUUGAAAAUGCUCUACGGGGACCUAUCAUUUGUCUCAAAGGACAUUAAUGAUCAGCCAAUACAGCAGCUCUUUCUGCAUGAAAUCCUUGCAAACCUUAACUCCGCUAUUGUGCUGGAAGGUGAAGCAGGAAGUGGAAAAACACCAUUGCUCAGGAAAAUAGCUCUUCUCUGGGCCUCAGGCUGCUGCUCCAUUCUGAGUAGGUGAAAGUUUGUAUUUUAUCUCUUCCUGACUUAUGCAAGAUCAGAUCGGAGCAUGGCUGAUAUUAUAUGCAAUCAACCAGUAGGACUUGUGGGACCAUUAACUCUAUGAGACAUAAUUCAGCCACUGAAAAAACAGGUCUUUUUGGAUAACUACAGUGAAAUUAAUUCAGUGCCCCAAAUUGUAGAAGAACUUAUACAAAGGAACCAGCUCUACCAGCCCUAUUUGGUUGUUGCUGUCCAUACUAACAGAAUGAGAGAAAUUUGUAAGUAUGCAACCAUCACUUUAAGCAUUGCAGAGUUCCCUCUGUCCAGCACUCUGUAUGUACUAAAGAAAUUGUUCUCCUACAAUAUUGACCUGUGGAGCAGCUUCUCUUUCAGCUGGAGUUUGAAAAGUCUAUGCAGACCACUUUUUAUGGCGUCCCUCGCUGCCUAUUGGGUACAGCACCCAAAGGGUAACAAAAUCAGUGAUAAGGCUAUUAUUAAAGCCUAUCGGCUCUAUCACUUACUAGGAUACAGUGAGGAAAGAUAACAUGUACUGGCUAUGUUUUCCUCAUGUGGUGAGCUUGCCUUAACUGGUCUUUUCAAGCUAUCCUCUGAUUUCACUGAAUAUGAUCUAUCUGAAGCAGGAGACGGAGAUGAAGCUGUUAGGCUGGGUUUACUGAGCAAAUGUACUGCCCAAAGGCUUCAUCCAGUUUAUAAAUUCUUUCACCCCUUGUUCUAGGAGUUUCUUGCAGGGAGAAGACGGAGUGAGCUCCUGGUUUCUGAUGAAAAAUUGGAGCAAGAGCUGCAGUACUUGCAGCAAAUCAACACAUUUAGAAAAGUUGUUGGCUAUAAUUUUUUACAGGUGUACACUUGCAGCUUUUCUUCCAAAGCAGUCCCCCAAAUUAUAUCCUAUUUAUUUAAAUUUACUGACUGCAAGGAGCCAUUGGAAAGCCAGUCAAAAAAUGAUGAACCACUGCAGCAGCAUUCAGACCUUCCAAUAAGAAUGUUCUUCAUUGACCAGUUAAGUUUUAUUGAUCAAAAACUGCUUCUUCCAGUUUUCAUUCAGUAUUUACUGGACUUUGCUACUUCUGUAGUUUAUGAGAGUAAUACGAUCUCUGCGUGUGCCCCAAUCGUUUUUCAGUUCCUAGGAGGCAAAGAUAUUUUGCUACAUUCAUUUUUAUCACCACAAAAAUGUAAGUUGCGUUUUUUUCAGGAUUACCCAGAAUCAUUGUCUCUACCCAGUCGUUUUCAGGUUGCAGUACAAGGAAGUGAACAGAAAUCAGAAUUCAGUAUACCUGAAAUAGGUGCUUCCUAUUCUUCACUGGAGAUGCCAACAAUUGACCGGGAUUACGCUCCUGCGUUUACACUUCUUAAUAACAUGGCACAAAAAAUUAAAGAAGAAGAAAAAAACAUUAGUAGCUUUUUUUCACUGAUACAAAGACAUCUACCAGACUCCAUCAUAUGUCCCCUCCUACUUAAAACAGCGAAGAUACCACUUCUAAAAUGUACAUUCAGCAACAUCAGUUCCUUUCAGGAAGCUGACCUCAGAAAUUUGAUGAUGCUGUUUUCCAUUUCAGAAUAUGUUGAACUUCAGCUGAGUAACAGCCCUGGGUUCACAGAAGUUAGCUGACCUGCUAUUUAACAGUACAAGGAACAUUUUAAAAAACGUAGUCUACAUCAUCUUAACUUGAGCAUGAAAGAGCAAGAAUUACUUCUCUCAAUGUCUCUUGUGGAAUGUCUUGAGAUAGAUGGAAAUGCCAGGCAUGUUGCAACACUUUGUUUUGUAGCUGAAUUUAUUAAGAGCUUCCAAGACCUCUCCGGUUUUCGCCUGGACUGCUCCAGUUACUUAAAUUCUGAAUCCCUUCCGGCAGCAAUUUCUUCACGCAAGAAAUUAACAAAAAUCACAUUAACUGGGUCAUUUUUGAGAGACCGAGAUCUGCUUUCUUUAGCUGCUGCUCUGCCCAAUUUUGUCUCUCUCAAAGUGUUGGAUCUUAAAAGCCCAUAUUUUGAUGACAAGGAAGCUUGUGAAAUCUUUGCAUACAAUUUAGGUGUUGUUCUUAACCUGGAGGAGCUCAUCCUUCCUGCAGGGAAGGGAAUAAGCUCAGUCAAACUGAUUGUUCAGCAGUGUCUAAACCUGCUGCACCUCAGAUGAUUCUCAUUUAUCCUGUGUCUGGAUGAUGACAGCCUGUUAGAAAUAUAGGUAACAAAGGAUGCAAACUGUGGAGGUUUCCAGAAGCUUAAGAAGCACUCACUGUCAGUAAAUCUCCAUGUUACAGAAACUGGCUGGAGAAACUUCUUCAGAACACUUAAUAACAUGCCUGCUUUAAAAGAGUUGGACAUCAGCGGUAUGUUCACACAUCAGAUCAAAGCCAGCGCAUCAACAGUGGUAGCUUUUGUCCCGUGUGAUUCUUGAUUGCGAAUGGUGGGUUGGCUCCUUGACGCAGAGGGCCAAAUGUUUGAUACCAUGAAGGAACAGCAUCCCCAGCCUAGCAGUUUAAAAUUAUCUUGGCAAUGGGUCUUGCCACUUUCACCAAUUUUUGAAGACUAG